CUCGCGAGAUUUCGGAUUGCGCAGUGGAGAACAGCCGUCCGCCAUCACUGCAUACAAGCUAACACUAGCCAAAACCACUGAGGAGAACGACUGACAACAACACAACAGACACACAGGGCGACCUAAUUCCCACAGGGGAGGUCACCGAGUUUCUCUGUCGCUUUCCGGGCGCUGAAAGCAAAUUAGCAGCUGCCUUUCAUGUAGUCUUUAAGUCAACUUAGAAAGGAUAGUCGUUGCAACUAAUCAUGUCCAACCUAAAAAGCGGCCCCAAGAAGGACACCAAGAUGAGGAUACGAGCCUUUCCUAUGACAAUGGAUGAGAAAUAUGUGAACAACAUCUGGGACCUUCUAAAGAAUGCUAUCCAGGAGAUUCAGAGGAAAAACAACAGUGGACUGAGCUUUGAGGAGCUGUACAGGAACGCCUACACAAUGGUGCUCCACAAACAUGGGGAGAAGCUGUACACAGGCCUGAGGGAGGUGGUCACUGAGCACCUCAUCAACAAGGUACGGGAAGAUGUCCUAAACUCCUUAAAUAAUAAUUUUCUGCAAACAUUGAAUCAGGCCUGGAAUGACCACCAGACUGCCAUGGUCAUGAUCAGAGACAUCCUCAUGUACAUGGACAGGGUCUAUGUUCAGCAAAACAAUGUGGAAAAUGUCUACAACCUCGGCCUCAUCAUAUUCAGAGACCAGGUGGUGCGCUACGGCUGCAUUCGGGAUCACCUACGACAGACCUUACUGGACAUGAUUGCACGGGAAAGAAAGGGAGAGGUUGUAGACAGGGGAGCAAUCAGAAAUGCCUGCCAGAUGCUGAUGAUUCUAGGCCUGGAUGGCAGGUCUGUAUACGAGGAGGACUUUGAGGGUCCUUUCUUAGAUAUGUCAGCAGAAUUCUUCCAGAUGGAAAGCCAAAAGUUCUUAGCUGAAAACUGUGCCAGUGUCUACAUAAAGAAGGUAGAGGCCAGAAUCAAUGAAGAGAUUGAGCGAGUUAUGCAUUGCCUGGACAAGUCCACAGAGGAACCCAUUGUCAAAGUAGUGGAAAGGGAGCUAAUUUCAAAACACAUGAAGACCAUUGUGGAGAUGGAGAACUCUGGCUUGGUCCAUAUGCUUAAGAAUGGCAAGACGGAAGACCUGGCAUGCAUGUACAAGCUGUUUAGUCGUGUGCCAAAUGGCCUGAAAACAAUGUGCGAGUGUAUGAGCUCGUACUUGAGAGAGCAAGGCAAAGCUCUGGUGUCAGAAGAGGGAGAGGGCAAAAACCCCGUUGACUACAUUCAGGGUUUGCUAGACCUGAAAACACGAUUUGAUCGGUUCCUCCUCGAGGCCUUCAACAACGACAGACUCUUCAAACAAACUAUAGCUGGAGACUUUGAGUAUUUCCUGAACCUCAACUCCCGCUCUCCAGAGUACCUUUCACUCUUUAUUGAUGACAAGCUCAAGAAGGGAGUCAAAGGGUUGACGGAACAGGAAGUGGAGUCGAUUCUUGACAAGGCCAUGGUGUUGUUCCGGUUCAUGCAGGAGAAGGAUGUUUUUGAAAGGUACUACAAGCAGCAUUUGGGUCGUCGGCUGCUCAGUAACAAGAGUGUCUCAGACGACUCAGAAAAGAACAUGAUCUCUAAGCUCAAGACAGAGUGCGGCUGUCAGUUCACCUCAAAACUGGAAGGGAUGUUCAGAGACAUGAGCAUCUCCAACACUACCAUGGAUGAGUUCAGGCAACACAUACAAACUACAUCAGCAUCUUUAAGUGGUGUGGACCUCACAGUAAGAGUCCUAACUACUGGCUACUGGCCCACACAGUCUGCAACACCUAAAUGCACCAUCCCCCCUGCUCCCAGACACGCCUUUGAAGUCUUCAGACGAUUUUACCUAGCUAAGCACAGUGGUAGACAGCUCACUUUACAGCAUCACAUGGGAGGAGCUGACCUAAACGCAACUUUCUAUGGAGCUGUUAAAAAGGAGGAUGGUUCAGAGUUGGGUAUGGGAGGUGCACAGGUGACAGGGUCUAACACCCGCAAGCACAUACUACAGGUCUCCACCUUCCAGAUGACCAUCCUCAUGCUCUUCAACAACAGAGAAAAGUGCACUUUUGAGGAGAUUCAGCAGGAGACAGAUAUUCCAGAGCGAGAGUUGGUGCGAGCAUUACAGUCUUUAGCAUGUGGGAAACCCACACAGCGAAUUCUCACUAAGGAGCCCAAGUCCAAGGAGAUAGAAAAUGGACACGUGUUUACAGUCAACGAUCAGUUUACCUCGAGACUGCACAGAGUCAAAAUUCAGACAGUUGCUGCUAAACAAGGUGAAUCAGACCCUGAAAGGAAAGAGACUCGGCAGAAAGUGGAUGACGACAGGAAGCACGAGAUUGAGGCAGCCAUUGUCCGAAUCAUGAAGUCGAGGAAGAAGAUGCAACACAAUGUCCUGGUUGCAGAGGUCACUCAGCAGCUCCGGGCACGUUUUCUUCCGAGCCCUGUGGUAAUCAAAAAGCGGAUAGAGGGACUUAUAGAAAGAGAAUACUUGGCGAGGACACCAGAGGACCGUAAAGUGUACACCUACGUUGCGUAGAAGACGAACUGUGAAGGAGACGAGGAAGAGACUGGACUGGAGGGAGGGGGAGGGGUAGUUGUUUUUCUUUGGACUGUUGUUACGCAUGGACUGGAAAUUCUUUUAGAGACAGACACUGGGAACCCGACUCAUCGCCCCUUCCAAAAAAAUACAGUAAAAACAUAAAUGGGGAAUAAAAAUCUUACUACAGGAAAAAACGAAUCCAUCGAAAUCUUCUAGAUGAUUUUUAAAUCUUACCAAACUUCCUGUUCCCUGAGAGUUUUAACAUGGAUGGAUCCAGCUUCAAGCUUUUCACUGUUUUACCCUUGUAGAGCUCAAACUUGAAAAGAAUCCCUUGGGAAAAAUGUGAAUGCACCACUUAUUUUUUUUGGUUCAAUACUGUAUAAAAAUAAAAUUAUUUAAAAAAAAAAAAAAAAGAGGAAAA